AUAAUGAAUCAAAGACAUACUUGAGGUAAAUACAUUAGUAUGAUAAUUUCUGCUCUGUAUUGAUAAAUAUCACAACUGUUUACAAUUCUGUUGAUGUCAGUGAGCAUCAUAACUGACUAUUUGCAAUUCUAUGUUGAUAGACAUCUUCGUGUUGAUAGUUGAUAGUAUACAGAAAGGUCAAAGUGUGUAUUGGGUAUUGACCCUAAAAAGUAAAUGAUGCUAGUGUUAUGGUGACAUCAGACUGAAAAGUAUAAAAACAUUGGCACUCAGAUUAACAAAAUGAAGACUACAAAGCAUUAAAAAAAAUGUAUAGGUGGUUAAAUCUGAAAAAUCAAGACUCUUCAAAUUGAAAAAUAUGAAUAUUCACUUAAACAAGACUACCUUUUUACAUUCCUGUUUUUAAAUGUUUUAUUUUGACAAAAUAUAAUAAGCCUGUGCCUUGAGAAUUGUCCCAAAGAUGAAUUAAUAAUAUAUUCUUUGAGCAUCUGUCUUUAGAUGAAAUUCUACAAUUAGAAAAACUCAGUGCCCCAUAGGUGCUGAACUGCAAUGGAAUCCCUUUGCUCAGUGUUCUUCUGCCCAAUCAGGUGGAAUGUUUCACAGGCACAUGGUUUAUACAGCUCAAAAUAACUUGGGACCUGCGAACUGACAAAUGCUCUGGCUUCGGUGGUGACAGGUUGUCCAGCUUCUUGCAGCCAUCUUCAGUGAAACUAAGGUUGUUAACUCCUCGCUCUCUAUGGACGACUACAUUUUGUGUCCAAGGACCUGAAGACUUCCAGUGUUUCUCCUGUCAUUUCAUCUUCAAGUUCUCCUGGAUAAUUGGUAUCGCUGUGGAACACCAGGACUGGAGAUUCUCAUCUGGAUCAAUUAAAAAAAAAAAAAGAAAGCAGCAUGCAAGACGACAACAUAGAAGCUUCCACUUCCAUAUCUCAGCUUCUAAGGGAAAGCUAUUUAGCUGAAACCAGGCAUCGAGGAAACAUUGAGAGAAGUCGAGCAGAGUCUACCCCCAAUCCUUUCCAUUUUGGUAGUCUUGCUGGAGCUUCUGGAGGAGGAGGAGGAGGACAAGAUGACCUUCCAGAUCUUUCUGCCUUCCUGAGUCAAGAAGAAUUAGAUGAAAGUGUCAAUCUGGCAAGGCUGGCCAUCAAUCAAGAUUCCAUGGAGGGCAAAGCUGAUGAUUCCCAAUCUAGAAAACAUCUUUCUUCGGAUCAGGUGAAAAAUUCAACUAAAUCAAGUUCUGAUCUUAACUUCUACCAAUAUCGCCCCGAGACUCAAGCCAACUCCAAAGAAAGUACUCAGGAAACAAAGAAGCCACAGUAUAGUUCAGAAACCCAGUCCAAAAAGGUGUUCCUAAACAAGGCUGCUGAUUUUAUUGAAGAGCUAUCUUCCCUGUUCAAAGCCCACAGCUCUAAAAGAAUCAGACCCCGCACCUGCAAAAACCACAAAAGCAAGUUGGAUUCUCAAAGUAAAGGCCCACAGGAAAACAGUUCUGGCUUUUCUGGUCUGUCUGAAAGACGAGAAAGAUCUUCUAUUCCCAUCCCCAUUCCUCAGGACACUCAAGAUAAUGAAGUGAAUCAUGCCCUUGAACAACAGGAGGCUGAGAGACUUCAGGAGAUUGAACGAGUUGCCAAUGAAACAACCAGUGCUGAUGUCACCCCGGAUUCAUCGCCUUCAUCUUUGUACUAUGAAGAGCCUCUGGGACAACCGCCACGCUUUACUCAGAAGCUAAGGAGCAGAGAAGUUCCAGAAGGAACUAGAGUGCAGUUGGACUGUAUAGUAGUAGGAAUCCCACCACCUCAAGUAAGGUGGUACUGUGAAGGGAAGGAAUUGGAAAACUCGCCUGAUGUUCAAAUCACUCAGGCAGGAAACCUACACUCUCUGACCAUCACUGAAGCCUUUGAGGAUGACACAGGGCGUUAUUCAUGUUUUGCUUCUAACAUCUAUGGGACAGAUUCAACUUCUGCAGAAAUUUAUAUAGAAGGUGCUUCAUCAUCUGACUCUGACGGGGAUAUUAGUAAAGAAGAUAUGAAUCGGGUCCAGAAGUCAAAUGAGGUGUCAUCACCUCCUACUAAUUCUGCAGUCAUCCCACAGGAAGGAGCUGACACACAGCCUCGAGUGGUCCAGCAUAAUGUAUCUACCAUUCAUCAGUGUCAGAGCCCCACAAACUAUUUACAAGGACUGGAUGGAAAACCUAUAAUUGCAGCUCCUGUGUUCACAAAGAUGCUGCAAGAUUUAUCAGCCUCUGAGGGUCAACUAGUUGUUUUUGAAUGCAGAGUUAAAGGAGCACCAUCUCCCAAAGUUGAAUGGUACAGAGAAGGGACAUUGAUAGAAGAUUCUCCAGAUUUUCGAAUUUUACAGAAAAAACCCCGUUCUAUGGCUGAACCAGAGGAGAUUUGUACACUGGUCAUUGCAGAAGUGUUCUCAGAAGAUUCUGGAAAUUUCACUUGUACAGCAAGCAACAAGUACGGCACAGUGUCAAGCAUCGCACAGCUGACUGUGAGAGGUACUGAGGACCAUAGCAAUAAUGUGACUCCCCACCCAGCCAAUUCCAUGGACAACUCAACUAUUGUUGAAAACCAAUCAUCCCCACCUAACCCCGAACCCCGUUCCAUGGAGCAACCCCCCAGACCCAAACUUGAAGGAGUUCUGGUGAAUCACAAUGAGCCCAGAUCCAGUUCUCGGAUUGGUCUUCGAGUACACUUCAAUUUACCUGAAGAUGAUAAAGCAAGUGAAGCAUCCACUGAAGAUGGAGCCACGACUGCUGACCAGAUCCAAGCUGAUCUUUUACAGGAUCGGUUCAAUGGGCAGAUAACAAGGACACCUGAACCUUCCUCACCUGUUAAAGAGCCUCCUCCUGUACUAGCUAAACCAAAACUCGAUUCCAGUCAAUUGCAACAGCUUCACAACCAAGUUUUAUUGGAACAACAGCAUUUACAGUUUCCAUCUUCCUCAUCUCCAAAAGAGUUUCCUCUGAACACAAGCAUGACCAACUCUAUUGCUUCUCAGUCAGCGGCAACCACAUGCAAACAGAUGAAGGUCCCUCGGUCACAAUCAUUUACUUACACUCGACCUAAACAGUUUCUUCCAUCUCAGAACACAGUCCUGGCCACUACAUCCCCUUCUAGCUCUCCAAUGUCCACCUUCAGCAAUACACCUCAGGCAAUGCAGAGGACAGCAAGUAAGGAAAGCCUUUUGGGCUCUCAUUCCUCAGUGCAAACGAGAUCUCUUGGGACCUUUUCCAGUCAAAACGAACUGCCUUUUACCAGUCUAGCAGAAUCGUCACAGCCUCCACUCACAUUCUCUGUCUCCAGUGGGAACCAAUUUCAGCCCCGUUGUGUGUCCCCAACUACUGCCGUCUCUCCUACCAGUCGGAUUCAAAACCCGGUGGCUUUUCUCAGUUCAGUCCUUCCCUCUCUGCCAGCUAUCCCACCCACCAAUGCCAUGGGCCUACCUAGGAGUGCACCAUCUGUGCCACCUCAGGGAGUGAUAAAGAAAAAUCUAAAAUCUUCUCAGUCACUGACAGAUGACAACAUUCGUGAAAAUAAGGCUACAGUGAUUCAGGAUCUAGAAAAAAAAAUGCAUUUCAGUGAUAUCCGGUCAAGCCAGCAGGAGUACAAGAUUUCAAGCUUUGAGCAGAGGUUAAUGAAUGAAAUAGAGUUCCGUUUAGAACGCACUCCUGUGGAUGAAUCUGAUGAUGAAAUCCAGCACGAUGAGAUCCCUACAGGCAAAUGCAUUGCCCCCAUUUUUGAUAAGAGACUCAAGCACUUCCGGGUUACAGAAGGCUCUCCAGUGACAUUCACCUGCAAAAUUGUUGGAAUACCUGUUCCUAAGGUUUAUUGGUUCAAGGAUGGAAAACAAAUUUCUAAAAAAAAUGAACAUUGCAAGAUGAAGAGAGAUGGAGAUGGGACAUGUUCUCUGCAUAUUGAUUCAACCACUGGUGAUGACGAUGGAAACUACACAAUCAUGGCUGCCAACCCACAGGGGAGAAUCAGCUGUUCUGGUCACUUGAUGGUACAGAGUUUGCCUCUACGUGGUCGACUCACACCAAAUCAUUCUCAUAGGGGGAGAGCUCGGAUGCAAGAAGGGGAUAAGGAACCUUUACAGGAACGAUUUUUCAGGCCUCAUUUCCUUCAAGCUCCUGGAGACAUGGUUGCUCAUGAGGGACGGCUCUGUAGACUGGAUUGUAAGGUGAGUGGCUUACCACCCCCAGAACUGAUGUGGUUGCUCAACGGCCAACCAGUACUUCCAGACAGCACCCACAAGAUGCUGAUUAGAGAGACCGGAGUCCACUCUCUACUUAUUGACCCUCUUACUCAGAAAGAUGCCGGGACCUACACAUGUGUUGCUACCAACAAAACGGGACAGAAUUCAUUCAGUCUAGAGCUCACGGUAGUAGCCAAAGAAGUGAAGAAAGCACCUGUGUUCCUAGAGAAGCUACAAAACAGUGGCGUGCCUGAAGGCCAUCCUGUUCGAUUGGAGUGCCGGGUGGUGGGCAUGCCGCCUCCUGUGUUCUUCUGGAAGAAAGACAAUGAAACCAUCCCUUUCACCAGAGAAAGAAUCAGCAUGCACCAAGAUACAACAGGUUACGUCUGCCUCCUCAUCCAGCCAGCCAAGAAAGCAGAUGCCGGAUGGUACACGCUGUCUGCCAAGAAUGAAGCUGGCAUCGUGUCAUGUACUGCGAGGCUGGAUAUCUACGCCCAGUGGCACCAGCAGAUCCCACAGCCCAUGUUAGUACGAACCAGUGGCAGCCGCUAUGGAUCUCUCACCAGUAAAGGACUUGACAUUUUUUCGGCCUACUCAUCUGUGGAAAGUACGAUGGUGUUUUCGUGUUCUUCCCAAAGUAUGGUGGAAAGUGAAGAACUUUAAAAACCUCAGGGCUCCUGCUGUGGAGGUGAAGGACUGUUGAGAGAAAAGAAGCCCACUGUCAACAACAUGAAGAGAGAAACCAAGACCCAGGAGGUUUCCAAGCAACUAGUUUUUAGUAAGUUAUCACACAGCUGGACUUGUUGCAAGGAAUACUCUGAGCAAGCAGACUGGGGAGUCUCCCAGUCACAGCAGAGGAAGAAAGGGAGUGCCAAAAGAGAAAUGAGGAGGUACAGGAUAUUUAAACCAAAAACGCCACACAGUAGUCUGCACUACUCUGGGCAAAAGCUACUGCUAUGUCCAUCCCACGCUGUGUUAGAGAUGGGUAGUGCUACACAAAAUGUUCUCAGAGGCAAUAAGCUUGUGCUUGUAAGGUACGCCCCUUGAACUUCUAGAGUAGGGCUAACUCGCCAAAUUCAAGAGGAGGGAAAGAGGCUAAGAGAUCACGACCUCUUUUCUCCAGUCGUGCCGUAGUCAUUGGAGGAGAGCUCCUCAAAUCCACUUUGUUAUAGCAUUAUAGAGGGGUGACAUAGAACAUAUGUACGUAAAGAAACAAGAUCCUCUUUUUCAUCUUGGGCAAACUGAACCACACUAAGUUGCCAAGAAUGAAUGACGUCUUUAUCAUAGGAAUACAAAACUACACAAUGAGGUACAUUAACAUCAUGUAAUGCACAGAUAUCUCUCAUGCUGUCGGUUUCAUUUUUUUUCUGUUUCUGAGUUUGACUACUAAAUUAUAUUUACCAAGGAUUGAUUUUCCAACUUAUGUCAUAACCCCUUUAUUUCUGAUUUUUUACACUCCUGUAACUUGGAACUGGUAGAGUACUUUGGUUAAACUAGCCAAAGAGAAACUAUGGAGAAAUGUGGGGAAAUCUUCAACACCAUUUAACAUAUGUAUAACUUCUAGAAUGGGAAGAGAUCAUCUCAUAUAAUGCAAUAGCUUAGCACAUUGAAAAAUUAGAAAGUAAAGACUUCAUCAGAAACCUGUAAUUCAAUGAGGAAAGAAGAUAAUGUAAAAUUAAAUUGAAGAGUUAUGGAAAAGUCCAUGAUUUAAAUUUCUUCACUAGAGCAAUGGGCUAUUAGGAAAAGCCACCAUUUUACAUUUGUAAACACUUUCAGAUCUUCCACUCAAAGGUGGUGUGGAAAUAGAAACUAUUAUGCUAAAGUAAAAAGUGAGAGGAAGGGGAACCAGCAUUUCUGAUUCUCAUUCAUCAGUUCAGACUCUGUCCUGGGAGAGGGGCUGUUUCUACAGGGACAUGAGUUGAUGGUGUCUCUCCGUUGAUUUUGGGGAAUAUCUCUAGUCGUCUUCUUCCCGAUUUUCCCACAGAGGCCUAGGGAUCAAAGGAGCCUAGGGAAAGCUGUUCAUUUGUUGAGCUCUUACUAUAUAUAGUAAGGGUACCCCGGAAGGGACACAGAGAUGAUUGUUGCUCUCAGCAGAUGAGUAAGCUGUGUAAAUGACUGCCAGUCCUCCAAGCAUGACCGGUGCAUGCAUGUUUCUCUACCACUAAAAUCUGUUCUUGAGUCAGAAAGAGAUUCUCAGGUUCAGUUUGCAGAAAAUUCAAUUUCUGACUAAAAAUCACUCAGAAACUGGCCAUAAAUGCUGGUUUUUCCAUUCCUAAGGAGUAAAGGAAGUUAUUCAGAGAAAAUGCUAGACUCAUUAUUUGUCCAAGUAAAAUUUAUGGUACACAUAGUGAUAUUGUAUGGAAAAGAUGCCCUGCAACAAAAUGGACUACAAAGCCAAUUUCCCUAACCAAAGGCAUCCUAUUUCCUCAUUGAUUUGUAUUACAAAGUUGAAAAUUUUUUUGUUAGAAAAAAUAUUCAGUUAAAUAAGUUUCAAAAUGUUUUUAGUAGGAAGAGAUAGUUAUUGUCUGGAACCAUAAAUAUACUGUAUAGACAUCACUGUUCUGACUCUUCCCCUCUACUACGUUGUUAGUCUCUCACACAUCCCUUUUUUCCUAAACCCCAUAAAUCUCCAAAAUUAGAAGAUUCUUGGGUUUGAAUCUCUCAGAACUCAGAUUUUCUUUCAUGUCACUAUUUAUUUGUUUAAUAUCUAUUAGUGAGCUGGGAUACAAUAUCAAACCGUCAGAGUAGAAACUACUUCAAGGAGAGGACCAUUUGUAGAUCUAUCUCCAACAUCACCAAACACAGGCUCUUGCACUUAACCCAUAAUUAAUAGCUUUUAUUAUAUGAAUGAGCCCCCCUCCCCCCUUUUUUUUUAACCAAUAGGGACUACAUUCUGAUUCAGAAUAUCUUCUAGCCUGAAAGUCCCUUCCUCAAAUUUGAGAUUUGGGUGUAGAAAAAGUGAAUUAGUGCCAUAAUUCUGUGAGUUUGAGAUUCUAUAAAAAGAGUUCAUGCAAAAGAUAAGAUAUAAUUAUGAGAAAUUUAGUUCUGGAAAAUGGGGAAGAGGAAACAAAUUCCAUAUGAGUCACUGGAGCGCCAAUCCAUGGAAUUAAGUUCAUAGAGAACCACCUUAUCACCUUUGAGCCAAACAAUUAUAAUUGGCAAACAUUUGUUAAGCACCUACCUAUAUACCAGAUACAGUGUUUUCUAAUUCUGACUCAAUAGAAUGAGAGAGUCAGAACUCCAGGUCUGUAAUGUUGGAUUACGGAAGUACAGGAUCCUCUGCUCUGUUACAGUAUUCACUGGUUGCUGAAUUACAGUGAAUUCUGGAAAGGUCGAAAGACUGCAUGUUGACUUUGUAGGACUUCACUUUUGUUUUUUCAAAAUGAUGCAUAGAAUCUGAAUGAAGCUGGUUUAGCCAAACAGACCUUUUGGGUGAAAGUUCCACAUAGAUUCGAUGAUUGUACUUCUUCCCUAAUGCAUCAAAGGGCCUUUCCAAAGUCAACUCUUGUCUAGGCACCAAAAUCAGAAGUAGGGAGAAUAUAGGGAUAAUCUCAUUUUAGCAAAUAGUUAAGACCUCUUUCUUUGAUAUUUUCUUUCAAAAUCUUAAGAGGCAAUAAUAUUGACAAGAAUGCUAAUUCCCCUUUCUGCUUCUGCCUGUCUUUGAAAGGGAAAUGGCCAAAAAAGUUGAAAGGAAAGGGAGCAAGAGAUUGAACAAACCACUCAUAAAAUACCUGGAAAUAUAUAAAAUUAUCUCUGUUCAAAUAUAGUUGGUUUAGUGACAUUGUAUUGUUUUCUUCAUCAAAACCCAAAGCAAGAAUAAGAGGUACAAUCCGGUUCUCUCAAAUUACUUUCCUCAAGCUCCCAUCUAAGUCAAAGAUGAUGUCAGCUAGGAAUAUGGGCAAUCCACCAGUGGAAUUCCAAUAUAGGAAAUCCCUAAUUUAUAAAUGGACAGUAUUCCAGAAGUUCAUUUAUCAGUAAGUUGUCUUUGAAGCAAAAUCGUGUUAAAGUGGUUUUUAGGAUCCCAGAGCAGCCUGAGUGAUCCCAAACUUACAGUUCAGAACUACUUCAGAGGUUCACAGCCUUCCAAGUAAUAUUAUGAAACCUUUGGAAGGUGAUACCAAUAUUUUACAUAAAUGUUUUUGUGAAGAGAAACAUUUAGAUUCAUAAUAGUUAUAUAAACUUUAAAAAAGAGAGACAAUUGAGUUUGAGACUGCUGAGUUAAUCUGUAAUGUGGCACUUAGAGAACUAAUUUGAAUUCUGAGUCCUGGUAACAGGCAGGUUUGUGAUAGAAAAAUACGAAAAGAGAUAUUCUCCCUUCGCUGCACAAAGGGCUGACCCUAGGCAAAAAAAGUGGAAGUUUUAAAAUCCAGUUUCUCUUUGGAGCCAUCUCACCCCCCUUUUUAAAAUUCUCCUCCUAGCCUGACUAGAAGCACUAGCCCCAAGACCCCCGAAUCAUUCUCUCUAGCUCCAAAAUUCUCUACCUCCCUUCUCUCCCAAGCUUUAGAAAGACAACAAGCUUACAAAAGCUAAAUCUUCUCAGAGGAAGGCCCUGGCCUUUUUAAGAGAGGAUCCUUGCUGACACAAAUAGCUCUAAUGAACAAGAAAGUAUAACAAUGUGAAAUGAAAAUUUCAGCUAAAGUAAGAGAAUUUAUUUUGACCUGCAAGGGUUGCCAAAUAAAUAGACUUGUGCUGUUUGGGCCUUCAUCCCUGCACUUAACUCCCUAAACCAGUCCUCUUCUUCAUAACUCUUCUUCAUCCAUUUGUGAACCCACCAGUUCUCUAAGAUAGAAUCCAAGGCCUCUAAGCAGAGGUCUUGCGUGAAGGGUGGGAAAGGGGAAAGAAGUGGGAGUGGGAUGGAUCUGGACAGCAAUUCCACUGUUGAUGCUGGGGGGUUGUCAGCUGACUGCCCCAUCCUCUCAGCAGCUCUGGCAUCUUCAGCACCCAGGCGAUUUCAGACCUUUUAGGAGGGUGGCCAAAACACUCACCACCAACUGGAAUGUUGAGGACACGGCUGAGAACAACUUUCUUUAUUGAUUAUCUUUCUUUGUUAUUUAAAGAAAGCUUUGUCUUUGAGGAGGAGAAAAAGUGGGUUCAAUCAAGCCUGAUUAAACCUCCAUUUGGAGUUCUCUUGGAAAGAUACUGGACUGGUUUUCCAGUUCAUUUUACAGAUGAGGAGCUGAGGCAGAGUUAAG